AUGGUGAAGGCUGUUAUAUUCACUGAUUUCGACGGUACUGUCACUUGGGAUGACUCUAACGAUUACCUGACCGACAGAUACGGGUUCGGCAAGGAGAAGAGACUCGAGGCGUUCGAGGGCGUUAUUGACGGAUCCAAGACCUUCAGAGAGGCGUUCUGGCAGAUGCUGGAGUCGAUCGACAAACCAUUGCCGGAGUGUAUCAAGAUCCUAGAGGAAAACAUCCAGCUCGACCCCGGCUUCAAGCAGACUUUCCACUGGGCUGAGCAAAACAACGUUCCCAUCGUGGUCGUCUCGAGCGGUAUGAGACCAAUCAUCCAGAGCCUCCUGACCAGCCUGCUCGGCAAGGACUCGAUUCACAAGAUACGCAUUAUAUCCAACGAAGUGGAAAUCGCAGACGACCACAAGUGGAAAAUAGUCUACAAGGACGACUCCUCCUUCGGCCACGACAAGUCCAAGAGUAUCACUGACGAGAAGAACAAGUUCGAGGCCGCUCAGAAGCCGGGCGAAGACAGACCGUACUACUUCUACUGUGGUGACGGCGUGUCCGACCUGUCUGCUGCCAAGGAGUGCGAUCUACUGUUUGCCAAGAAGGGCAAGGAUCUGAUCAGAUUUUGCAGGAAGGAGAACGUCCCAUACCACGAGUUCGAGACCUUCGACGAUAUCCUAGCCAGCAUGAAGCAAGUGCUCUCCGGCGAAAAGACCGUCGAGCAGCUGAUGCAGAACGACGAAUAA